AUGACUUUACAGAACACGCAUGGAAUUCGAGCGAUGAUGCGAAGUAAGGGACCAUAUAUGAGCGUGCCGAAAUCUGAAACGGCUGAGGUAACGCGUCUCGAAGACAUGUCGCAACAAGAACAGAAUAAAAAUGAUGUCACGGUCGCCAGUUUCGACGACUCUUUGUUUCCGAAGGACAGACAGCAGUCUUCGGACCCUUUUGCACACUCCACACACCGUAAGCUACGAAGCCGCCACGUCCAGCUGAUUGGGAUAUCAGGUGUGAUCGGCACGGCGCUGUUCGUCAGCAUAGGCAAGGGGCUUUACCAAGGAGGGCCUGUGUUUUUGCUGCUCGCUAUGGCGUUGUGGUGCGUUCCAAUUCUAUGUAUAACGGUUUCCACGGCCGAAAUGGUGUGCUACCUGCCGGUGAAUUCUCCGUUUUUGUGUUUGGCGUCGCGUUGCGUGGACGAUUCGCUGGCCAUCAUGGCCGGAUGGAACUUUUGGUUUUUGGAAUGUGUUCAAAUCCCGUUUGAGAUCGUGGCGGUCAACACGAUCAUCCACUACUGGCGCGACGAUUACUCGGCGGCGAUCCCGCUUGUGGUGCAAGUUGUGAUGUAUUUUGCCAUUAGCGUUUUCGCAGUGCGGUACUACGGCGAAAUCGAGUUCUGGCUGGCCAGUUUCAAGAUCAUACUCGCGCUGGGCCUGUUUGCGUUCACGUUUGUGACCAUGCUUGGAGGCAACCCGAAGCACGACCGGUACGGCUUCCGUUACUACGCGGAGACGCCGUUCAAGCAGUUUUUCCCCGAGGGAGCUGUUCACGACGGGAAACCGGGCUCGCCGGCGUCCGGAUACUGGCAGGCGUUUUUGGCGUGCCUGAUCCGGGCAAGUUUCACGAUUGCCGGCCCGGACUACGUUUCUAUGAUCGCUGGAGAGACCAUGCUACCGCGCAAAGUGCUGCCCGUGGCGUUCAGACAGGUUUUCGUGCGUCUGACGUUUUUGUUUCUUGGCAGCAGCCUGUGCGUCGGGAUUGUCUGCAGCGCGAACGACCCGGCGUUGACGGCCGCGAUCGACCUGGCGCGGCCGGGCGCGGCCGCGUCGCCGUACGUGAUCGCUAUGAACAACCUGGGCGUGCGCGUGCUGCCAGAUGUGGUCAACGCGGCGCUGAUAACCGCAGCAUUUUCAGCUGGAAACGCCUAUACGUACUGUUCGUCGAGGUCGCUGUACGGCAUGGCGCUGGACGGGUACGCGCCGGCGGUUUUCAAGCGGUGCAACCGGUACGGCGUUCCCAUCUACGCUGUGGCGGCGUCGCUGACGUGGGCGUUGCUGAGCUUGCUACAACUCAACGAAAACAGCGCGGUCGUGCUGAAUUGGCUGAUCAACCUGAUCACGGCGUCGCAGCUCAUCAAUUUCGGAGUUUUGUGCGUGGUGUAUCUUUUUUUCCGUCGGGCGUAUCUGGCGCAGCGCGACCGCCUUCCCGCGCUGCCGUUCCGGUCGUGGGGCCAGCCGUACACCGCGAUCGUGGGGCUGGUUGCCGUUGUGGCAAUGACGCUGGUGCAGGGGUACACGGUUUUCUUUCCGUCAUUGUGGAAUUACCAGGACUUUUUGUUCUGCUAUUUGAUGGUGUUUCUGGACUUGGCCGUGUACCUGGGGCAUCGCUACGUAGUGCGACGCGGCCGCAGCCGCGUCGUGGCGCCGGAGGACGCGGACCUUGUCACGGGGCUCGCGGCCAUCGAAUUGCACGAGCUGGAGCACGGCUUCACGGAGUUCGCGAUGUGA